AUGAUGGAUGGGGAUUAUCCGGGGGUUUGUGAAAAGUGGACCCGAACAAAGGAAGUAGUAUCGCAAUUUUUGUUAAGCAUACAACUUCCUUCGAAGGUGCAUCGGCGUAUGCGGCACCUCAAACAUGUCGCCUUUUGGAAGGGAACCGAAUUGCGGUCCUUUCUACAUUAUGUUAGUAUUUUGGUCAUGAAGGACUUUAUGAAUUAUCGCACAUAUCGUCACUUCCUGCUCUACUUCUGCGGUGUGACAAUAUUUUCUUCAUUGGCACACCAGCGCCUUUGGCCUCUAGCAGACAAAUUCCUUCGCUUAUUUGUGAAGGAAUUUGGCUCGAUAUAUGGUCGUGCCUACUUGACGAGCAAUAUCCACAAUCUCCAGUACGUGUAUGGAGAGGUUGCGUUGUAUGGACCGCUCGAUGGGUUCUCAGCGUAUCCCUUCGAAAAUCAUUUACAAUUGAUUAAACGCUGGGUCCGUUCGGGCACCAAAUGUGUGCAGCAAGUGGCAGCCCGGUCAGACGAACUUGCACGCGUCUAUCGGGCUGUUAACGUAAUUGCUCCACAAUAUCCUAGAUUAAAGGCAAAUGGAGCCGGUGUACACGUGACCGCCGAUUUUGCCUUAAUGCCAACUUUUAGAGAUCAAUGGUUUUUAACCAAAGACAACGGCAUUGUUCAAUUUUUGGAAGCAAAGAAAUCUUCUGCGCUUCCCAUCUCCGUAGUUGGAGUCCGGUUUGUGUCAGUGGCGGAGCAUUUCAACGUAUCAGCGGACGGCAAUGCUUCUCCUGCAUUGUCGUCUGCUGAUUUGCACAUAUAUGAAGUGCAAGAGAAUGCUCCGUCACGAAUGGUGGAAGUGUCAUGGACUGAAAUCAGGUGCAAGCUGGUGGCAGUCCGGUUACCUACCCAAUGCCUUAGCCCUCAUCCCAAACAACCUCUUCUACGUCCUGCUCAUAAUACUAUAGCCUUCUUUCCUCUUCUUCAUACUUUUAUUCUUGACUAA